GAACAUCUCUCUGCAUUUAACAUGUCAUCACUCCUCUGCCUGACUGAAUUUCUCCUCCUGCUCUGACAGAUCCUGCCAAUCACGGAUGAAAUUAUGGAUGCAUUUCGUUUGGCACCAGAGGAAUGCGGAGUGGAAAUCAGCAUGAAGACAAUAAAGGAAUGGUCAGAGAAUGAAGGGAGGAGAGGGGAGAUGAAAAGAGGAGAGUGAAGGAAAAGAGGCAGGGAGCUAGAAGAAAAAAGGGUGAUGUCACUGCCUCUUGAUGGCAGCCAAUCAGAGGAGGGGAGAGGCAGCGAGGGAGCCAGGAGAGGGUGUGUUUUCCUCGCACUGCAGCAUCAGCAGUGAAGAGAGGCCACAAUCAAUCUGACACAGAGCAAGAGACACAAGAACCUUCAGGGACAGAUAAAACAACAGAGUUGCCAGAGGAGGACGGAAACCUGAAGCCGCUUUAAACCUGCAGAGUCAAGAGGGUGUGGACCUGAGAGAAACAUACAGGAAGAAUAAACAGUAAAGACUGCUCUACUCUGAUUGGGAUUAUCUGAUAUUUUCUGGCCCGUUGUGUUUGUGCCUGCCAGCAGGUGUAAUGCCUGCCACGUCAAAACAGCAGGUGGGCAGCAGGGGGCGAUGUGCUGCUCUCUUGCUCCCUCUCCUCCUGCUGUCUGUGGCUCCAAGGCCCGGGGACACCAUGAUCAACAUCCCAUCCAAAUACAAAAUUAAAGACUUGAAAAGCCCCCCAGUGAUUACCGCCCAGCCAAAGUCUAUCACCACCUUCUCAGCAGAUGACAUCACACUCACCUGUGAGGCAACUGGGAAUCCCCCACCCACGUUCCGCUGGGUGAGAGAUGGUGUGGAGUUUGACCCCUCAAAAGACCCUGACCUCUCAGUGUCCAGAGAUUCUGGGACCUUCUCGUUGACAACCAAGGAUGGACCCAUUCACCAGUACCAGGGCAGAUAUAACUGCUACGCAUCUAACGAGCUCGGCACGGCGGUGUCUAACGAGGCUCAUAUUGUCACAGAGAACACUCCCACUCUACAGAAGGAGAAGAAGGUGAUAAAGAAGGUGGAGGAAGGAGAGAGUGUGGUGCUUCCCUGUAAUCCUCCAAACAGCACCAUGGCCCCGGUCAUCCACUGGAUGGACAAAAGGCUGCGGCACAUUCAGCAAAACGAGCGUGUGAUUCAGGGUCGCGAUGGAAACUUGUACUUCUCUCAUGUGAUUGCAGCAGACAGCCGAGAAGACUACACCUGCAACACUCAGUUCCCCAGCGCACGUAUCAUCGUGCUCAAAGAGCCCAUCAAACUCACUGUUGUCCCCUCUAACUCGGUGCGUAACAGAAGGCCUCAAAUGAUGCGACCCACUGGCUCCCACAGCUCCUACCUGGUGCUCAGUGGCCAAAGCCUAGAGCUGGAAUGCAUUGUUCAGGGCAUGCCCGCUCCCAGUGUCCAGUGGAUCAGGAAAGAUGGAGUUCUGUCUGAGUCACGCACCUCCAAUGACAAUUAUAACAGAGUUCUGCGUUUUAUGAAAAUCUCAGAGUCUGACGGUGGCGAGUACCAAUGUACCGCCACAAAUGUGCAAGGCAUGAUAACUCACACCUACAGCAUCACUGUGGAAGCUUCCCCAUAUUGGACUAAAGAACCAAAGAGCCAGCUGUAUGCCCCAGGAGAGACGGUCAAACUGGAAUGUAAGGCUGACGGCAUUCCAAGCCCCGAGGUCACCUGGAGCAUCAACGGCAAUCUUCUUACUGAUAUUGACCCAGACCCCCGACGCAAUGUGAAACAUGGUGUUCUCACUCUGAAGAAUGUGGAACUCAGUGACACUGCGGUGUAUCAGUGUAAAGCUGCCAAUAAGCAUGGAUCUAUCCUCAUCAAUGCCUACGUCUAUGUUAUAGAACUGCCUCCCCAGAUUCUGACAGAAGAUGGAAUCAUGUACUCUGUGGCAGAGGGACAGACGAUUGAUCUGGCUUGCGAGACCUUUGGCUCUCCUCAGCCCAAUGUCACAUGGGAGGGUGAGUCCUGGGGCGCACUUAUAGCCAACCCAAGGAUGAGUCAGUUAUCCGAUGGCUCUCUACAGAUCAGAAACGCCACCCACAAUGACAGCAGCCAGUACACCUGCACUGUCAGCAACAGCAAAAUCACCAUCACCGCUGAGCUGGAUGUACUCGAUAAGACAGUGAUUGUGAAACCUCCGUUGGCUCUGCGGAUUCAGCGGGGGCAGCCAGCUACCCUAACCUGCGAGUACUAUGUGGACACCAGGCAGGUUGCCCCUCAAGUCCAGUGGAGGAAGAACCGACAGAAGCUCACAGAGUCCUCUGAUUCAGACAACUACAUGAUAGAUGAAUCCACCCUCAUAAUACCUGAUGUUGAAGAAGAGGAUGAAGGGAUUUACACCUGUGAAGUCAUUACCACUCUGGAUAUGGCAGAAGCGAGUGGCUCCAUCACUAUCGUUGACCGACCAGACCCUCCGACCCAAAUACAGAUGACCGAACCUAAAGAACGCAGUGUCACUCUCAGCUGGACACCUGGAGAGGAUCAUAACAGCCCUGUGCUAGAGUAUUUGAUUGAGUUUGAGGAGACGGGAUCUGAAAGAAAGGAAUGGGAGGAGCUAAGCCGCGUGUCUGGCAGCAUUCAGCGAACUACCCUUCCCUUGAAGCCCUUCAUUUCUUACCGCUUCCGAAUCAUCGCCAUCAAUGACAUUGGCAAGAGUGACCCGAGCAAGGAAACGGAGGCCUAUUCCACACCAGCUGCUCCUCCAGACAGCAACCCUGAAGGAGUGCGCAGUGAUUCCAUCGACCCAGGCACCCUUGUCAUCACAUGGAAGGAGUUGGACAGGCGUAGUUUCAACGGCCCAGAUUUUCGCUACAAAGUGAUGUGGAGGAAAGUUUUGGGCAGCGGUCCGUCCUGGCACACCAAAUACAUCACCUCUCCACCCUUCGUCGUCACAGAUGUGGGCAACUUCUCUGCCUUUGACAUUAAAGUGCAAGCUGUUAAUGAGAUGGGAGAAGGUCCAGAGCCCAAAUCCGCCAUUGGAUACUCAGGAGAGGACUACCCUCUUGAGGCCCCUCUGGAUGUGGGACUGCUUCUGAUCAACAGCACUGCUAUUGAAGUCACAUGGGCGCCCGUGAACAAAGAAACUGUAAGGGGCCGUCUGCAGGGUUACAAGAUUUAUCUGCUGCACUUUGGCCCAGAAAGUAGACACCUCAGACGGGAGCGUGUUAGGGAGGGGAAGCCGACAAACAUCUCAGUUGUGACGACGGACAGUAAUGAGGAGAAGAUGAUUCUGGGAGAUUUGCAGCCCUACUCCCAUUACGCACUGGCUGUAAGUGUCUUUAAUUAUAAAGGAGAAGGACCCCAAUCUGAACCCCUCACUUUCCACACUCCAGAAGGAGUACCUGGUCCUCCAUCAUCUUUACUUCUGGAAAGCCCAUCAGAGACAGAAAUGAUACUGCGUUGGACUCCACCCAUCCAGCCGAAUGGAGUCCUGAAUGGAUACAUAUUACAGUAUCAACAAAUUGAUAAUGAAGACAGUCCUAUGCAGGUAGAAAAGAUUAGUGACCACACCAAGAAUCACUUCUCCUUAAAGCUGGACCCUCGCAGCCGUUACCGCUUCUACCUGCGGGGAUACACGGCUGCCGGAGAAGGACUGCCAAUCAUUAGGGAGGGAGCUACCACACUGGAUGGAGGUCCACCCUCCAACAUCAGCUUAUCGAUUGGAGAGACAUCCGUCAACCUGACCUGGCUGUCGAAAGAAAGACAGCGGAACGUGGGAUUCGUUAUUCAUUACCUGAGAGGGGAUGGCAAAGGCAAAUGGAAGCACUCUGAAAAAGUAAACAGCUCUCAGUCUUUCUACACGCUGCAGGGGCUCCAGCCCGGAUCCCAGUACCACCUGCGGAUUGACUUGGGAAACAAGACUAUCUGGACAGAUAAGAUCCAGACAGCUGGAACAUUAGUCAUGGAGAAACGUGAUGGGUUUGUGACCGAAAGCUGGUUCAUUGGACUCAUCAGCGCCCUUGUGCUGUUGCUGCUGGUACUGCUCAUUCUAUGUUUCAUAAAACGAAGCAAAGGUGGAAAAUACUCAGUUAAAGAGAAAGAAGAAGGCCAGAUAGAUUCUGAAGCUCGGCCGAUGAAUAAUGAGGGUUUUGGAGAGUACAGAUCUCUGGAGAGUGACAUCGAGGAGAAGCGAACGGCCAGUCAGCCGUCUCUGUGCGAGGACAGUAAACUAUGUACCGAUGAUGCUCUAGAUGACUACGCCAACAGCAACAGCGUGCAGACCGAGGUCCUCAUGGACGAGUCGCUGGCCAGUCAGAGCAGCGGCGUCCGUGACGUUCCUGACCCUGAGACUCUAGAAAGUUCCCCUCUAAAUCCUGCCACAGCCAUCUCCCACCUCGGCCUGCCCAACUCCGCCGGCUUCCUUGACUAGCCGGGCGAGCCCGAGACCAAACGUGGAUUCACACAUGUGCCCACCUGUUGCAACCGCUCAUGAUUAACCAAAUAAUCGAAAACCCACAAUAAUGAGACCUACACACACAACAGAUGCCAAGAAAACCUACCAGAUCCACUGCUGGAACUUACUUCAGACGUAAUUGGACCAACACAACACUUUUAACACAGCCAGAGGAAAACAUUCGACAGACAUAUAACAAAUAGACUGCCAUGCUCGUUGUUUACAGAUAUUAUCUCUCAUUUUGCGAUAUAAAAUAGGCUAUAGCCGUUUACAGUUAUAUAGACGUGACAAGAACAUCUCCAGAAGAGACUUCUUUGAUAAUCCGGUGAAAAAUAAAGCAUACGCUGAGCUCCUGUGGCAGAUGAAAAAUCAAAAUGGAGUCGGAUUCACCUGUUAGUCAAUAAAGAAGCGUUGUGGGAGAAGGGUGUGAGAGAAGAGAGAAGCUGAGGGCCUUAAUCGAAGUUUAAUCAACUUACUGUGUUUUGUGCGUCUCUACCAUUUUGUUUAUUCUUUGAAGACUUGCCUGAACCAUUUUUAUAAUUAAUUUUUUAUUAUUAAUUUAUUUAUUUUUUACGCAAGAUUCACUUUUGUGUCAUGUUUUAAAGGUGCUGUAAGCGAUGUUAGCUAUCAAGAAACUUCUGACUUAGCCACGCCCCCUUUUCCAAAACCCCACCCUAUAAAGAUUAGCACUGUUAGCUUGGACCCAUUAGCCCCUGCUGGUAGAUGCCGUUGCUGUGCCGAAUUUCGACCCCCUGCCAGAAUUUUAGCCCCCUAGUAAUAGGAGUUGGUGUGAGGGCGGUGUUAGGAUUAAGGGCGGGGUUAGGAUUAGGCAAUCAGGUAGCGACUUCAACGAGGGGGGUAAUAAUUUGUCAAGGGGGCCAAAAUUCGGUAUGCUACUAAAAACAUCUUUCUCCAUCGAAAUUCGCAAUGUAUUCGGACAGAAUAAUUUUUUUGCCAACUUUUUUAAAUCAAAAUCUAAUAAUGUAUCUUCCAGUGAAGCAGCCUUUUAGUCCGCCUAAACCCCACCCCUUACUUACAGUCAACUGCAGAUGGAUAGAACCAAUCCCCCACCUUCCAUUUUCUUUCAUUCCAUAAAAUUUGCUUACGGCACCUUUAAGUCAUCUGUACAUUGAUUUGUUGUAAUAUUGUCAUGAUUCAAUGGAAGAUACAUAUCGGCAUCCCCUCAGUUACAAUUAUAGAGUUCCAUACUGUAAAUACAUGAGAUGCAAUGACUCUACGACAUAAGAUCGUUUAUAGCAAGCUGUACAUAUAAGCAUCUAUCAAUUUAGCCAAAUACAGUAUUAAUAAUCUCUUUCAUCUCCAUCGGUUCCUGUGCCUGCCUACAUCAACAUCACCACCACCACCAUCUCUCAUAUUUAUUUCUCCCUCUCUGUAUGUGUCUGUGUUUUCUAAUCCUUGUUUUCUGCAUUGUAUUAAACUGUAUUGAUCGAUUCUCUCUUGCAGUCCUGUUGGUGUAAAGCCAUAAGAAUACACACGCAAGGUGCGUAGUUUUGAGGUCGUAUUGAGUUAGAUAGGGUUGUGAGAGAGUACGUCACACUCACAGUUUAGUUUGGUUACAUAAAAUGCAAUCAUGUAUUGGCUUGUGUCUUAUUACACAGAAUGUAUGCUUUGUUUGGGUGGGAAUUCUUCCAUACCAGUAUACCAAAUAGCAUUUGUUCUCUUUUUGCUUUUUGGUUCAUUUGAUUUGACAAUUGAUAAACAAAUAUAGCAGAAUAUAGCACUGAGAGAAUCUAUGGCACAUCUGGUAUUUCUCAAGAGAGGGGCACAGGGAAAAAAAAAAACUCUUAAUUUCCAGAUGAAUGUAAAUAUAGCCCAAAAGAUUGUUUGUUAUGAUGUUGAAAACUAUGUGUCUUGUUGAUUGUUUUAGGUUUUGAAAUUUUGAGUUUUGUAACUUUUUUUAACUUUAAAGUAACUUGUUAGUUGUGAUUUGAGUGUGGUAGAUGAGUAGUGCAUAGUUUUAAAAAACUAAGAAAAAGUCCUUUGAUAAAUAAAUGUUGCAGGUUCUGAAAAAAAAAAAGCUGAUUGGAUAAAA